GACUGGGCUCUGGGCGGCCUUUUUGCGAGUGGCGGGCAGACUCUGCAGUCCGCUUCGGCAGCGCGCUCUGCCCGGCUUCAUCAGUCUCCUCGCCGGGAGCGUCCGGGAGCAGCUCCGAGGCCGCGGCGAAACCAGGUGGAGUCCGAGGUUCGGAGGAGUAUCCGAGGCCGCGUUCCCGUUGUGGACCUUCGCCCUCGGAACACAGUGCUGUUGGCCGGGACUCCUUCCCGAGGUGUACGGCUCCCUGCUGUCAUUCCUGGCUCUGCCAGAACUGUAGGAAGUGCGCAGUACACUUUAGGGCAUGCAUGGCACUCCCUGGGAGACAGUGUUUUAGGGCCAGAGGAAAGAUCUCCCCUGAAGGCAAACGCCCGCUGAGCCCAGAAGUCCGGGCCGCACUGAACAAGUCAGGAUGUUGCCACCGGCAAUUCUGCAGAAGGCAGGAACCCAUCGGAGAGAAAGAGCCGCUGUCGUAAGGGAGCAGGGAUUGGAUCAAGUCACUGCAUCUAGAGUACGGGGGAAACGAAGAAAUCACGGAGAGAGUUUGCCCCAGGAGAGAGGCGAGCGUUAUGUAACCUAGGAUCUGGGGUGGGUAACAGUCUGUGCAGUGUCAAUCUGAGAGAACACCCAACGUGAGGGAAUGGUCAGGUAAGAAAGGACCAGAAGUUCCGGUUCUACCAUAGCAAGGACCUAAGUUGCUAAUUUAGGUUCUUUAAUGCAGACCUGGUCUUUCAGAACUUCUUUCUCUUCCCUAGCCUUGUCAUUUCAGCAUUCUGGCCUUCCCUAUGAGGAGGAAGAUCAACUAAGUCACAGAUGGAGUCUUCACUGUGUCACCCAGGCUGGAGUGCAGUGGUGUUAUCUCAGUUCACUGCAACCUCCACUUCCUAGGUUCAAGCGAUUUUCCUGCCUCAACCUCCCGAGUAGCUGGGAUUACAGGGCCCUUCUAGCCCAAUCCAGAGCUGUGCCAUGGCAGAGACAAGAGAAGAGGAGACAGCGUCAGCAGAAGCCUCAGGGUUCUCAGACUUGAGUGACUCAGAGCUCCUGGAGUUUCUGGACCUAGAAGAUGCCCAAGAGUCAAAGGCUUUAGUUAACACGCCUGGCCCAUCUUCUGAAUCCCUUGGGAAGGAUGACAAACCCAUAAGCUUACAAAACUGGAAAAGAGGAUUGGAUAUCUUAUCACCCAUGGAGAGAUUCCACCUUAAAUAUUUAUAUGUCACUGACCUGGCUACUCAGAACUGGUGUGAACUGCAAACAGCAUAUGGGAAGGAGCUUCCUGGUUUCUUGGCACCUGAGAAGGCAGCUGUGUUGGACACUGGUGCCAGCAUACACCUAGCUAGAGAACUAGAACUUCAUGAUCUUGUGACUGUCCCAGUCACCACUAAAGAAGAUGCUUGGGCAAUUAAGUUUCUGAACAUACUUUUGCUGAUUCCUACCCUGCAGUCAGAAGGGCACAUCAGAGAGUUUCCAGUGUUUGGGGAAGUGGAGGGUGUACUUCUUGUUGGAGUGAUCGAUGAGCUGCACUAUACAGCCAAGGGGGAACUGGAGCUGGCGGAACUCAAGACACGCAGGCGCCCUACGCUCCCUCUGGAAGCUCAGAAGAAGAAAGACUGUUUUCAAGUCAGCCUAUACAAAUAUAUCUUUGAUGCCAUGGUACAAGGAAAAGUGACCCCUGCUAGCCUAAUCCACCACACAAAGUUGUGUCCGGAAAAGCCACUGGGGCCAUCAGUGCUGAGGCAUGCCCAGCAGGGAGGCUUCUCUGUGAAGUCUUUGGGUGACCUCAUGGAACUGGUCUUCUUGUCUCUAACACUGUCAGAUCUCCCGGUUAUUGAUAUCUUGAAGAUUGAGUAUAUCUACCAAGAGACUGCCACUUUGCUGGGUACUGAGAUUGUAGCCUUUGAAGAGAAGGAGGUGAGAGCCAAGGUGCAGCAUUAUAUGGCCUACUGGAUGGGCCACCGAGAGCCCCAGGGAGUUGACGUGGAGGAAGCUUGGAAGUGCAGGACAUGUACCUAUGCAGACAUUUGUGAGUGGAGAAAGGGCAGUGGAGUGCUCAGCUCUACACUGGCGCCCCAAGUCAAAAACGCCAAAUGAAUAGAAGGUAUGCUUUCAAGAAUGUUGAUCUUUCCUGCUCUUGCUGUACCUAAGCAAAAGAGGACCAGUCUCUGAGCUUGGCUUUUAUGGAGAGUGUUCUUAUUUUGGUUCUUUUUUUUAUUUCCACAACCUCUAACCACAUUCAGUCCAGGAGCAAGGCUCAGGGAUGAGUGGGAGAGAUGGGUUAUACUGUCCCUGGAGCUUCAUCAUGAUUGCCUAAGAAGACAGAUGCUCAUCAUGGCUGGAAUGAAGGUAUCCUUCAGUAAACAUUGCUUUCCUAAGAAAAUUCUUCAGUUUCUGAUAAGUCAUCCCUAUUUUUAUCUUGAUCAAGGCUUUCUACAGUUACAUCAUAAAAUGAAAUGCUGUCCAGGACAGUUGAACUGAUGGUUUUUUCAUAAUUGCAGUCCUUCAAAGAUGACCACCAUACAUAGUUGUGUACGUGUUAUUCCAAGCCUUUAAAUACAUACAUAAACAUAUUUUUGAAUCAGAAUGAGCAGACCAAAACAUAAACAUAAUAAAUAUUCUCAAAGAGACAAGGGAAGAUGAAGUAGAAACAGGAAGUCAUAAAUAUUAGAUACGAAAAACAUAAUACAUGGCUGGGUGUGGUGGCACAUGCCUGUAAUCCCAGCACUUUGGGAAGCUGAGAUGGGGGGAUCACCUGAGGUCAGGAGUUCAAGACCAGCCUGACUAAUAUGGUGAAAGCCCGUCUCUACUAAAAAUACAAAAAUUAGCCUGGGGUGGUGGCGUGCGCCUGUAGUCCCAGCUACUUGGGAGGCGGAGAGAGGAGAAUAGCUUGAACCUGAGAGGCAGAGGUUACAGUGAGCUGACAUCAUGCCACUGCACUCCAGCCUGGGCAACAGAGUGAGACUCUGUCUUUAAAAAAAAAAAAAAAGAAAGAAAUAAUACAUGAAGUAACAUGUAACACUCACAUAUUACAAUCCAGCAGUAGCAGUCCUGGGUAUAUGCUGGAAGAAACAUACAUGUACAAUAGAAAAUGUGAACACGAAUAUACUUUGUAGCACUUUCACGAUAGCAAAAGCCUAGAAGCUACCCAGGUGCCCAUCAGCAGAAGAGUGGAUAAUGUACAGUAGCCAAAACAAAUGAGCUACAGUGACAUAAAACAAUAUGCAUGAAUAUUAGCAGCACAACAUUAGGUGAAAAAAAGUCCUAAAAAUUACAUACAGCAUGAUACCCUUUUUAUAAGGUGAAAAAUAACAUUUAAAGGAAAAUGUAAAGGUAGUGGAGAGGAAUCCCAAUGCAUCUUAGAAGGCAGUGGAGCUCUUAACUACAAACAUCAUCAAAGAAGCUAGAGGAAGGAAUGAUACGGACGUCACCUGGAAGAUAAGGACUUGUUUGUGGUGACACUACUGGAGAAUUUGCAGAAGUCAAUGCAUGGGGAGGGCAAUUGGCAGGGGUAGAGUUUCUGUAUUAACUGGAACGUUAAGAGCCAACAGAACAUGGUGAAUGUUGUUAGUAUGAUUCCAUGUUAUACAUGAGCUGGUAAAUCCUGGACAUCUGUAGGAGAUAAGGUAGGUUGUCUCUGGAGGCCCUUCACAUACUCUUCUUAUGGACCCUGGAAUCUUAUGAUGACUCUUUACUGAGUGACUCUUAUGGCCGGGCACUGUGCUAAGCACAUUAUAAUUAAAUCUGUAUCCAUUAUCUCCAGUGAGGGAACUGAGGCCUAGAAGGGUUAUAUAAUUUUCUCAGCUGGGUGUGGUAGCUCACACCUGUAAUCUUAGUACUUUAGGAGGGCAAGGUAGGAAGAUCACUUGAGGACAGGAGUCCAAGACCAGCCUGGGCAACAUAGCAAGAUCCCAUCUCAAAAAAAAAAAAAAGCCAGGCAUGGUGGUGCAUCCCUGUAGUCCUAGCUACUUGGCAGGCUGAGGCAGGAGGAUCACUUGAACCCAAGAAUUCAAGGUUACAGUGAGCUAUGAUCAUGCAACUGCAAAAAAAAAAAAAAAAAAGUUUCCAGGGUUCCACUGUUUGAAAGUGGUAGACUCCAGGCUAGAUAUGUCUGACUGCAGUGCUUAUGCUCUCAAUCAUUAUGCUAUUAAAGUUUUCUUGUUGAA